AUGAGGGUCGAAAAUUCGGAGUGUUGUUCUUCUUCUUCAGAUACUUCAGAGUCUUUGUUGAGUCAGAACUUCGAUAUUCUGUUUGUCUCUUUCUCUGUGUGUCCUCAAAAUGUGAGGGUUUCUCUCUCAUUGAAUCCAAGUUUGCCACCACAAUGGGUGCCCAAUCUAGCAAAACAGAGGAACGCGUCCGAAAUCCAACAAAGCACCACCCAAUUCAUCGACACCUUCGUAAAUGGGUCGGCCCGGGAUGGGCCACUCUCUCUGAAUUCAGUGAAAGAGCUCACUGGCUGCUUCGUCAAUACGACUCAAGAAGUGGCCGAACUCCUUCUCCAAUUCAAACUUGACAUAUUGAAGAAUGAUGACAUGUACGAUCUCGUGAUUGACUACUUGGAUUACAGUUAUCAGAUUGUGCAAGUCUGUAAUGCUCUCCAGAAGUGCCUCAAACAUGCCCGAUUAAGCCAUUCCAAGAUUCAAGUCGCUAUAGAGCAAUUUGAGGAAGAACAGAAAGAAAGGGUUGAUGGGAAGAGGAAAACUUACUCAAAGACGCUAAAAUUAUUGGAGAAUUUCAAGACGACAGGUAGCCCGUUUACGGAAGAGUUCUCCUCCAUGUUAACAUCUGUCUAUGAAAUGCAGAAGUCAAUGUUAGAGAAAGUGCGAGAAAAGAAGAAAAAGCUUGAUAAGAAGUUGAAGUCAAUGAAUACUUGGAGGAUUGUCUCGAAUGUCAUUUUUGGUGCCACUUGUGCUUCUGUUCUGAUAUGUUCUUUUGUGGCAGCCGCAAUUGCUGCACCACCGUUUGUGGCGGUCUUGGGGGCUGUCACUGCUGCCGGGUUAGGGCCAAUGGGUGGAUGGAUGAAUUCCCUUUGGAUGAGUUAUGAGAAAGAGGUGAAAGGACGGUUAGAUAUAACGAGUUCAAUAAACUUUUGGAUUCUCAUUGGGAAAGCUGACUUAGAAAACAUUCGAGCAGUUGUGGAUAAAUUGAAAAAUGAGUUUGAGUCACUGUUGGAAAAUGCUGUUUUUGCCGUUAAAGAAGAUGCUGCUGUGAGGCAGACUAUGGAAGAGAUGAAGAAAGAGCUGAGUGGGUUUAUGAAAACCAUUCAGGAAUUGAGCGAGCAUACUGAGACGUGCAGAGUUAAUGUAAUGAAUGGGAGGAAGGAGAUCUUGGAGAAGAUAAUCAACAAUCGCAACUAACUCAGAUAACACUUAGCUCUACAACUCAUGUAAUUCUCAUGGAAAGCCUUUCAAGAGGCUUCAGAGUGGUUUUUAAUGUAUUUUGUGUGAACUAUUCAUCUCCCUUUUUAAGACUUCCGUACUUUGGUUUGGAAUAAUGUAAUUUGAUGACUGCGUGCGGUGUAAGCUCGCAACCGUUAAAUAUAGGGAUUGUGCAGCCUCGAGGUCUGUCGUUGCUGAUUGGAGCCUUCUGAGCUCAGUGAUCAAUGCCAUACCUCCACAGGUUGCUUUGUAAUCCUUUUGAUUGUCCCUCUCUCCUCGGUCCAGCUUGCUGCUUUUGAUUUGUAGUGGCUCGGUUGGGAGGUUGUUUCCUAUUUUGGUUGGGUCUGUUUAGCCCUCUAUCUUGCCCUAGGGCUUUCUCUUUUGUUGGGUUUUGCCCUUACUAUACAGUUCUUCGUUUAUUAAUAAGAUUUUACUUACCCAAAAAAAAAUAUAAUUUGGUCUGUUUAGUUUGGUGUGUUGAAAGAAUGUUAUUUGGUUUGUUUAAUUUGGUGUGUUGAAAUAAUGUAAUUUGGUUGGUUUAGUUUUGAAAGAAUGUACUUUGGAUAGUUUAUUUUGAUAUAAUAUGUUGAAAACU